AUGGCCACCGAGAAGCGCGAGAAGCUCGAAGCCCAGAUUAAGUCUGUGGACAUGAGCGAGGACAUGCAACAGGAGGCAAUUGAAGUUGCUACCGAGGCCAUGGAGAAGUACCAUAUCGAAAAAGCAAGUGAUAAAGCGACCUGGACGUCUGACAUUGCGCAAUUCAUAAAGAAGGAGUUCGACUCACGAAAGGGUGCUACCUGGCACUGCAUUGUCGGAAGGAACUUUGGAAGCUUCGUCACUCACGAAACCAAACACUUCAUAUACUUCUAUCUCGGCCACUGCGCCAUCCUCCUAUUUAAAACGCAAUAA